GUUGGGCACAAUGAGAACCAGAGCAAAUCAAAGUGAAUGAAAUCCACCAAUGCGAACAAAAUCACGACCUUAAUCACACAAUGCAAAGGCCCCAAGUUAGUUCAAAUUCUCCCUCCAAACCUCCUCCACCUAAAUGAUCAAAUUAAAAUCACAGGGCUCUCUCUUUUCUUGAUCAAAUGAAAGCCACCAAUGCGAACAACAUCAUCGCCGUAAUCAAACGCUGCAAGACCCCAAACCAACUCUUCCAACUCCAUGCUCUCACCAUCACCGAUCCCACUCUCACCAAAACGACUUGUCGUGAUAUUAUCACCGCCAGCAUCCUCCACGCCUUCAUCUCUCUGAUCCCUUCUUCCUCUUCAACCACUUCACUCUGCUAUGCCGUCUCUCUCUUCAACCUCAUUACAAACCCAUCAACCUUUUGUUUCAAUAACAUUAUUAGAGCCCACACCCUUCUUUCUUCCCCUCUCUCUGCUCUCGGCUUCUUUGUCCGUAUGCGCCGGUUUUCUCUCCCCCCGGACUUCCACACCUUCCCUUUUGCUCUCAAGGCCUGUGCCCAACUUGGGUUUUCUUCGUUUUUCAUCUCUCAGGCCCUUCACUCGCAGGCCCUCAAGUUCGGUUUCGCUUCCCAUUUGUUUGUUUCUAACACCCUCAUUCAUGUCUACUCGAUUUGUCAUCCCCUGAACCAUGCGUGUAAGGUGUUUGAUGAAAGUUCUUACCGGGAUGUGGUCUCCUACAACGCCAUGCUCGACGCCUUUGUUAAGGCCGGUGAGGUUUCUAGAGCGCGUCAACUGUUUGACAAAAUGCCUGUGCGGGACUCCGUCUCGUGGGGUACCGUUUUAGUUGGGUAUGCUCAAAUGAAUCAGUGCGAAGAAGCGAUUCAACUGUUUGAUCAGAUGCUUGGUUUGCGAGUUAUCCCUGAUGAUAUCUGCUUGGUUUCUGCUCUUUCUGCUUGUGCGCAGCUGGGAGAUUUGGAACGAGGGAAAAACAUUCACGAUUACAUCAAACGGAACAGGGUUCGACUCAGUUCCUACUUCUUAACAGCGUUAGUGGACUUGUAUGCCAAGUGUGGGUGCAUUAAGACUGCCUUGGAGAUCUUCGAGGCAAGCCCAGAUAAGAAUGUGUUCACAUGGAACGCCAUGCUUGUUGGGCUUGCAAUGCAUGGCCACGGCAAGCUGUCACUGAAUUACUUCUGCAGAAUGAUAGAGGCCGGAGUUAAACCAGAUGGGGUGAGCGUCUUAGGGGUUUUAGUGGGGUGUAGCCAUGUGGGUUUUGUACAUCAAGCCCAGAAGCUUUUCGACGACAUGGAAACAGUUUAUGGGGUCCCUCGAGAGCUCAAGCAUUAUGGAUGCAUGGCUGAUCUGCUUGGGAGAGCAGGUUUGAUCAAAGAAGCAAUGGAGAUGAUAGACAAGAUGCCAAUGGGUGGUGAUGUUUUUGUGUGGGGUGGGUUGCUAGGAGGGUGUAGGAUACAUGGUGAUGUUGAGAUGGCAAAGAAAGCAGCAGAACAUGUAAUGGAGUUGGACCCUGAAGAUGGUGGAGUUUAUUCAAUCAUGGCCAACGUUUAUGCAAAUGCAGAGAAAUGGGAUGAUGUGGUGAAGAUUAGAAAAUCCAUAAAAGAUGCUAAGAGGGUGAAGAAGAUCAGUGGUUGUAGUUUAAUUAACUUGAAUGGAAGCAUCCACAAGUUUAUUGCAGGGGAUAGCUUGCAUCCUCAAUCAGAAGCAAUAUAUUGGGUUUUGGAUGGACUUUGGAAGCAUCAAUUCGAAGCAUGCUAAGCAAGUUUUGAUUUUUAUUUUUGUUAUCAUACUUCUACAAAUCUUACGGAGGAGAGAAGUUGAA